CCGAGGAACAUCCCGAGCCGAGCGAGGCUAAAUUAACCUCACAAGUUACGGUGGAUUUUAUUCUUCUGUCCCCGGGACUGAUCGGUUCUUUAUUUCCGCAGAGCUGCUCACAGAAUGGACCUGCUACCUGAUGUAUGGAGGCAGGACUACUGGCUCCCUCCAGGUGUGACCUGGAAAGACAUGGAACAGCUGGCGGAUUCUGACCGACCACAACCUCUGGACCUUCUCAUAGCUCUGCCUCUAGCUCUGGGCUUUGUUGCCCUCCGCUACGUGUUCGAGAGGUUUUUUGCCCCACCCAUGGGCAGAUGUUUGGGGGUGAAGAAUAGAUUGCAAGUGACUGCUGCCCCUUCCCCUAAGCUGGAGUCGUUUUACACCCAGAGGAGCAGACAGCCAACACAGAGUGAAAUUGUUAGUUUGAUGUCACUGUGCGACAAAACCCAGAGGCAGAUCGAGACCUGGUUCCGUCUGCGCAGGAACCAGGACAGGCCCUGUCAAAGCAAGAAGUUUGGUGAAGCUGCUUGGAGGUUUUUUUUCUACCUCACAGCCUUCAUGGUUGGAUUGGCCUGCUUGAUUGAUAGACCCUGGUUCUGGGACCGCAGGGAAUGCUGGAGGCAGUAUCCAGUACAGCCCAUGGAGAGAGCUCAUUACUGGUACUACAUGUUGGAGCUGGGUUUUUAUGGAUCUCUGCUGCUCCGGAUCUCUGUUGACGUCAAGAGAAAAGAUUUUAAAGAACAGGUGAUCCACCAUUUGGCCACAAUCUUCCUGCUUAGUUUCUCCUACUGCGCCAACUACAUUCGCAUUGGCACCUUGGUCAUGCUGCUUCAUGACUCCUCUGACAUCCUGCUUGAGUCUGCCAAGAUGUUCAACUAUGGCACUGGCUGGAGGAAAACGUGUGACACACUGUUCGUAGUGUUUGCUGUGGUCUUCCUUGUGACUCGACUGGUGAUUUUCCCCAGCAAGAUCAUCCAUACCACCCUGGUAUUGUCCAUGGAGGUCUUUGAGCCCUUUGUCGGCUACUAUUUUUUCAACAUCCUGCUAAUGGUGCUGCAGGCUCUUCACAUCUUCUGGGCUGGCCUAAUCUUACGUAUGGUCUAUAAGUUCCUGAAAGGCAAGCUGGAAAAAGAUGAACGCAGUGAUGAAGAGAGUGAGGUUGAAGAAGAAGAGGAGGGUAAGGGAGGAGAGGAAAAUGCGGAUCAGGGGGGAGAUUAUUGUUGGGAGAAAAGUAAAGACACCCUGAACUCUAAGCUGUCUAUGCUGACCAACAGUUGUGUCCUAAAUAACUUGACCAACCACAGGGCAUCUGUGGCUGACAGAAUGCGUAAAGCUCAGUAGACAUCCAUAUGGUUUAAAAAUCAGAUGAUAUAAGAUGGUAGGCUCCAGCUCCCCCGCGACCCUGACAGAGGAUUAAGCAGUAGAAAAUGAAUGAAUGAAUGAUAUAAGAUGGAUGUGAUUCAUCACCCUUGACAAGUAUUUCAUGCUGAAGGGACUGUGAUUUGCUUUUAUUUGAGAGUGUUAUUAGAUAAGUAAAGGGGUGAGAGUUUAAUUGUUAAUCUUUGUAAAACUGCUGACAUAGUGGAGGGCAGUUUUGAUUCAGCAGCCUCUAGGCUAUGGGCCCAGCACGCCUCUGCAGGACCACUCCACUCCACUACACACUGCAGAUAAGACUCAAACUCACAAUCCCUGGUUUAGGAGGCCAGUGCUUGAUCCAUUAGGCCAAAGGGGGUGAUGCAGCUGCUGGGGAGCCAUGUUGUACAAGUCAGUGUUCAUCUGUAGAAACACGGACAUUAAAAUCCUUUUCAAUUCACUUUUCAGUGGACAGGGACAGUAGUCAUUGAUGGAAGUGUUCAGUGCCUAAUGAUGUUCAUUAUAGCCGACACUGCACUGUUUUAUACUGUUUUUCAUUCAGCAAGUUCACAAAGUAGAUAUUUGAAAACAACAAAGUGACUUACUAAAAAAAAUACAAAAAAUAAAAAAUAAACUAAAGCUGUAGUUUUCUUAAGUGACUUGUUUAUGCUGUAAAAUAAUGAAAUUGCUGCACAACAUGUAGACAUUUAAA